AGGUGCCUUUCUUCUGGGUUUUAUUGUGUCAGAGUUGUUUUUGUAGAUGUGUAGAUAUGAACCUCACAAUAAACUAUAGAAAGUCAUCUGUGUUUUCUCAGCGCAGAAAUGAAACAAUAAUCUCUCCUGCAAGAGAAACUCAAACAGGGAGCAGCUUUUUACUCUCCGGACCCGCCUCCGCCUCCUCCUUCCUGUGUGCAGGAAUGGGGAGGGCAAGAAGUUAAAAAGAGUCCACCUCUGAGCCAUUGUUCUAGUUCUGGAGUUCUGGAGACGGGUCGGGACGCGGGUGCUGCGCUGCUGGUACCGGACGGCGGUCUGUCGUUAUGACGGGCUCCGGUCCGAAGCUGGGCGUCCUGCUGCUUGUGGCGGUUCUGCUGCAGACGGUGGUCGUCACCAUCACGGUGCUGCACUUCACCUCGGCUCUGAACUCGAUGAAAGAGACGUUCGCCAGGAGCAGCGUUUCCUGUCUGACUGGCUCCGACCUGCAGAGCAUCACUGCUGUACGAGGAGAUCCAUGCUGGCAGGUGACCCAGCAGCUUCACCUGCUCAUCGAAAAGUCUCUGUCUCAGCGCUACCAGAGGCGGAUUUCAUCAGCAGUGAGAGAUGAAGUGUCCCGUGUUUUGCCCUCACUAGUGAUGGAGGACAGGGCUUCACCGCGCCCCAAAGUUGCCGCCCACGUCACGGGAAGUUUUGUGCCCAAACUGGAGCGAGACGGAGGAGAUGCAAUUUCUGCAGGACGACGCGUUCAGGGCCAGAAGAUUUCGUGGUGGGAGGGUCAGAAGGGCCUGGCGUUCCUGCAGGACGUCCAGCUGCUGGAUGGGGAGCUGGUGGUGUCGCAACCUGGCCUCUACUAUGUCUACGCCCAGACGUACUUCAGGCACACCCACUCCCUGGAGGAGAACGGCGAGGAGGCGGAGGACCGGGGGAAACCCCUGCUGCAGUACGUCUACAAAAAGGUGAACUCCUACCCGGUUCCCAUCCUGCUGAUGAAGACCAGCCGGACCUCCUGCUGGUCCCGCGGUUCCGACUUCUCUCUGCACUCCGCCCACCAGGGGGGGCUGUUCCCGCUCACCACCGGCGACCGCCUGUUCGUGACGGUGACCAACGCCUCUGCUGUGGACAUGGACGAGAAGAGCAGCUUCUUCGGAGCGUUUCUCAUCAGUUAGAGGGCCGAUCGACGCCGAUUGAUGCCGAUCGAGGUUUUGUUAAAAUCGAUCAAACUGCUGCAAGCAUCAGACUCUCCUGAGGAAAUUCCUCUUUUGUCUUACGGGAUCAAAAGCUGAACAUAACUUUGAUAACACUGGUUGGCAGAAGAGAGGAAAACGAUAGUUUGGAGCGUGGGUAAACUGAGAGCGGACUCAACAGUCUCUGCUCAGCAAAGACAAAAUCUGAAGAACAUUUCAGGUCUGAUGAGGUCCAGAACCGAUUUCCACAGAAAAUGAAGGACUUCUGCUCCAAAUACCUUUUAAAAAAAACUGCUAUUUCACAAUUUUAUUGCAGUAAAUAUUUAUAGUUUUACCCCCUAAAUAUUUUAGACAUCUGAGCCUGGGUUUAUUUUAAAAUUAUAUCAAAAAGAUUUGUUUGUGCCGUCUGGCAGAUGAAAAGAAUCACGUAGGGAUGUUUAAUUUGAAAAUAACACUUACAACUGACAUAAAUUCGAAUUUCUGAUAUGAAAAUAAUGUAAUUAGUUAUAAUUGGAUAUAACUCCAACCACCAGAUGGCGGUAAAGUGCUUCCAUAAAAUUGCAAACAAAUAGGGAGCAAAUUCACAUUUUACCACCAGGUGGUGCUGUUUGGUCCUGAUUUCUGGGGACUGAAGGAAACAAUGUGCUACUGUCGUUUAAAGAUGACUUAAAAACAUUACAUAUGACUUAAAAACAUUAUUACCACACACAAAAGGAGAAGAAUCAUAUUUAAAAUGUUAUCACUUGUAUAAGUUCAUCCUUUACAGAAUGAAGCUCUAAAUUAAACAGACAAAAUAAAAAUAAAUUUAAACUGAAACAUGAACUUCUUAACUUUUAGUUGUCUAAUCUAUCUGACAUUGUUUCCAAAAUAUUUACAUGACCCUCAAAGCUUAGUAAGACUUACACUCAAAAAUAUGGCAAAUAAAAAGCAGAGCGCAUGUGGACAAAAUAUAAGAAUUUAAAGAAAGUUUGGAUUGUCUACACCAAAAUAUCUUAGUCAUUUUAUAAUCUUUACUCCCAGAUUUGUUUUGUUUUUUCUCAUUUUUGUUUCAUUUAAACCAACUUCUUUGUACCAUUUGAGGACGACAACAAUGUGCACUGUAAAAACACAAAGUUUUAACUGUAUUUUUGUUUAGUUUCUAGUGUAAAUAUAUUAAUACACUUGAAAUAAGAUAAAUAAAACUUACAAGUAACUGUUCAGCAGAAUAUCGGAGCUUGUUUUAAGUCAAUAAUUCCUUGGUAUUUGUAUAAAAUUCACUAGUUUCACUGGCAGAUUAUUUCACUUGUAACAUGGGAAAAAUGCUUUGUUAUAAGUGAAAUAAUCUGCCAGUGGAAAUAGUAUUUUUUAAUCAAUAUUAAUAAAUUAUUAAUUUAACACCAGCUUCUGCAUCUUGCUGAAAAGUUACCUGUAAGUUAGUUUUGUUUUAUUUUAAGUGUAUUAUUUGCAUUAGAAGGUAGACUAAGAACACUUGGUAAGAUUUUGUGUCUGCAGUGUGUUGACUUUUAAAAUCUGUCCAUUUAAGUUCAUGUGACGGGGCCUUCUUCACUUUUCACUGCUGCUAUCUCAUUUUUCUGCCACCUACUGGACAACACGACCAACUGCAGUUUACGCUACAGAUUGAUGCUUUGCAAAAACUUGUGAAUUUCGAUGUCCACUCAAAAACGUUUUGCUGAUUUCCUGGAUUUGUUUUUCUUAAAGGAUGUACAUACUUAUCUUUACUUAAUGAAUUUUAUUUUUAUGAACCUUUUCCCAUUUUUUCCAAAAUGAAGGCAGAAGGAUGACCCUAAAGGGAAAAUUAAAAGCCACUGCAACAAAAAGACUCGCUGAAAUCUUUCUACUGCCUGUAUUUCUGAUUGUUGCAUCAGGUUUCCUCGUAUGCGGCUGCUUUAAAAGCUCUCCUACGGUCGGUAUUUGUGCUAUGCUGCACGACCUGCAGGGCUGGAAUAACGAUCAUGGCAUCAUGAACUGCUGCAGUGAUCAACACCAGAUGCUCACUGCAGGAAACAAACAUGAUUAUCAGAUGUUUUACCUCUUUUUCUGUGUUUACAUUUGAGGAAAACAAACUGCGGGAACCUGCAAACAACUCUAAUAAACUAAACACCACAGAGAAAGAAAGAAACACUAUUUUUCCAGUCGUUACGGAGCGUAAACCUUCACUUUCCCGUUCGUAAAUUACAGCUGGGUGUGUUUUGGGGAUUUAGAAAAGGAAGCAGGCCUGUUAGUUUUCACUUUGAUGUGAAUAUUAAAACCAGCUAAACACACCGAGGCUGUCAGGGUCGCACAAAAAUAUCGUUUUCAUUAUUCUGCUGGAGCUGGAACAGGCAGCCGGACGCUAAUGAAGCUCCUAAAGUAUUUGUGAAACAUGAGACUGUGUGUCUGACAGAAAACACAUGAAUGUGAAUGUAAAUAAAUGUGUUUUUCAGAGUGUAAAUAUGUGAAAUAAAUACACAAUUUAAAAAGGAA